AUGAAGCAUACAGGCAGCACCAGCGACUAUGCCAGUGGCAGCAGCAACAGCAGCAGCAGCAGCAGCAGCGAAUGGGCUCAUGUGGACGAAGUUCCAGUACCUGAUUACAUCCAUCCAGAACUUGAGGCACUUGAUUGGCAGCUCGAGAUGAGAAGGUGCAGGUGCUACUCGAAUCUAACUACAUACAGUGUUCCUAAGUCCGCGCAUAGGGAGAGGUGUGUCGAGGAAGGCAUACAAGGCGGCGGUCAGAUGGCGUCCACUGCAGGGGACACCCAAAUUACUGAGUUUUUAGAGGAGGAGGAGGAACUCGAUCUGCCUGACUGGUUUGGGGGCCUUAUUGAAUGUGGCAAUGAGUUGCUCAAACCAUGGAGCCAGAGCAGAGAAGGUAUAUCACACAGCAUAGCCCGUGUACCUAGAGCAGUGGUUGCGGGAGUGGUAACCAGGGGCACACAGCCGCAAACACAUGUGGUGCCCUGUGUAGCCCCUGUCAGAGCUGCACGAGAUGCAGCAGCAGAAGCGCGUCAGCACCGCCCCCCGCGCCGCCCCAGUCCCUCUGGCGUCCCUGGGCAACUCAACAGGUGGGCCACAAAGAAGAAGAAGAACAACGGUCUCCCGUCCCAAUGCUUCUAUUUUUUGAGCGUGGGAUCUGUGGGGGACAUGUUCAAUGUGUUCACAGGCACGUCAAGGCAAAUAACCUGCAGAUGGGUGUCGAGUUCAAUGCACCCCUUGAUUCUAGUUACAUUUUGUACUUAGAUGUUAACAACUUAUACAGGCACUAUAUGAUGCAGUCACUGCCGGUUGGUGGGUCUUGGUGGCUGUCCGAAAACCAAUUGAAGGGAUUAGGUGGAGAAAUAAUGGGUCUUGCAGCUGAUUCUGGUGUAGGAUAUGUGCUUGAGACAUACCCUAAUAAUUUGCAUGGAGAGACAAGCGACUUGCCGUUAUGUCCAGAGCAACAAAUUCUGCGAGGAAACACCACCCCUAAACUGUUGGCUACUGUUGGAGAUAAGCAGAGCUAUAUUAUUCAUUAUUGUAACUUCCAGCAAUGCCUCAGAUUAGGGAUGAAGCUUGUUAGAGUCACCUGGGCAAUCUCCUUCAAGCAAUCUCCCUGGUUGAACGAGUAUAUUUAACUAAAUACCGAAAAGAAGUUGGUAGCAAGCAAUGAUUUUGAAAAUGACUUUUAUAAAUUAAUGAAUAAUUGCAUUUUCGGGAAAACUAUACAGAAUGUAUAAAUGAACGAGAUAUUUUCAUUAGAACCGAAUGGGAAGGGCGCUAUGGCGUGAGAAAAUGUAUAGCCAGACCAAAUUUUAAGUGUGCCAUUGUCUUCAAUGAAAACUUUGUUGCUUUGGAGAUGUCGAAGACUGCAGUAGAGUUUAUGAAGCCUAUCUAUUUGGGGAUGUGCAUACUGGAUAUCUCCAAAUUCUACAUGUACCGAUUCCACUAUGAGUUUGCGAAACCUCAUUUCGUAGAACCAAUGUUACAUUAUAUGGAUACAGACAGCUUUAUCUACUGGAUCAAGAACUGCGAUCCAUAUGAAGUAAUUAGGUGCAAUGGUAAAGAAUUUGACAGGUCUUCUUAUGGGGCCAAUAAUCCUUACAAUAUUGUUCCUCAGAACAAGAAGGUUAUCGGUCUCAUGAAAGACGAGUCAAAUGGUUUACCAAUUGUAGAGUUUGUGGAAUUGAGAUCCAAAAUAUAUGCAUAUCGUACAAUAGACAGGGACACUUAGAGGCGGGCAGAGGGUAUUAGACACAUGGCGUCUCGUGUUGUUAUGGCCGAGGACUAUUUGCAACGCCUGUAUGGUCGCAGCAUUCAAGGUGCUCGUCCACACAUGGUUCAACAGACUAGUAUUCAAUCACGAAGUCACGAUGUGUACACUGUGCUACAGUCUAAAAUCGUAUUGUCUCCUCAUGAUGAUAAAAGAGUCAUUUGUGAGGAUGGGGUGGAAACCCUUCCAUACUCACACUAUUUACUUGAAACGAAAGUAAGGGUGUGGUCUCUCGUUGAUAGAUAGAGAGAGAAUGAAUGUGUGAAUGGGGGUUAUGCAUGGAAAUAGUAUGGCUCUUCUAUCAUAGUGUAAAUAUCAGAUGAGUGUGUUGUGUGGUGUGUAUCAGUCUGCAUGCUUCUGUGUAUGUCUGAGUGUGGGAGCCUGUGUUAAGUGUAUAUCUGUGUAAAUAUAUAUUCAUUAUUUUGGUAAAGAAAAUGAUAAAAAAGCAAAAAAUAUUAAAACUGAAAAAUUAUUUAGAAAAAAAGUCUCUAUGUAUAUAAAUAUUUUUCAUCCAUAUUACUAGUUAAUAUAUGAACGAAACCUAACUUUUUCACGUCAUUUGUACCUGUAUAUGAGGGAAAAACCAAGUUUUUGCACUUCAUAUGUGCUUCUGUGUGAGUGGUCGUAAAUUACAUUUUAGUUGUAAGUUUCACGUAUGGCUAGCCAUCCAGUCAGAACUAGUUUUAAGUAUGUGAGUUCCACCCAAUUAAAUUCUUUAUAUAUGUUCACUUGCUUGUUGUAGUGGAAGAUAUUUAGAGCCAUCGACUUCAAAGAAAUAUAUAUGUUCACUUGCUUGUUGUAGUGGAAAAUGUUUAGGGCGACUUACUUCAAAGAAAUAUAUAUGUUCAAUUGCUUGUGGUAGUAGAAAAUGUUUAUAGCAAACCACUUCUAAGAAAUAUGUUCGCCUUUAGUAGAAAGUCUUUUCUUUUUCAGGUGGAACUUCACUAGCGGUAGUAUUUACUGCAUAGCG